ACAUGGUUUCACUCCUAAUUGGAGAUACAUAUGUAAUAAUCUGAAGCAAUGAGCCGAAUAAUGCAAAACUACAAGGUGGCUAUAUGUUCACAUACCAGGUUUAGAGAGCUGUUGCCUCUAGUUUUGACAAGCAACUAAGGAACAGAUUUUGCUCCUUGAAGACAGAAAGAAAGGAAGUUCUACAGCUGGUUUGCGUUACACUUAAUGUCUGGUGUGGGCUAAUUAUGUACAAAAAUUCAAAGGGAAAGGUCAGACAGAAAACCCUUUCCUUUCUGUCCUUUAGGACUCAGGAACAGCAUAGCAAUCAGAUAUAGCUAUGAAGAAAUAAUGUUAUAAUUUGAAAAUACUUGGAUCCUUGUCCUGUUCCCUCUAUUGAAGGUCUCCAGACUGUAGCAGCAGCAGUGGCCACUCCCACUUGAAAGGCCAUGGGUCUGUGUUUAUCUCGUUACCAUACAAAUGCAUUUGUAGCCCAUCUGUGCAAAAUCGGUGAAGUUGCAUAGUGUCAAAGAGGUGGAGAAAUGCAGUACUCGGUGCUGCUGAAUAGCAAAGCCAGUGAGACUGUAAGAGAAGUGAGCUACAGCUGUAUGACAGAGCUUGUUUUUCCCUGAGCAUUUCAGAGAGCAACUGGUAACAUGGAUUGCACCUCGGAAGGGGACAGCUGAACUCUCCCUCUGGCUUUAGUAAGGAAAAAGCAGCGAUGAAAUCCGUGGACUAUGUGCACGUCAUCCAACAGAAGGAUACCGCCUCCUCUCCUUCUGCCCCCCCUGGUGCUGUUUCAGGCACCACAGGACUUUUUUCUGUCACAUUCCUGUGGCUCGCAAUGCUCCUGUCCUCUUGUCUUGCAGCAGUGUCUCUUUACCAUGUUAUCACCCUGAAAACAGAACUAGAAGCUCUGCGCAGUGAGCUGAUCUACAGGCUCCAGGCAAGGUCUCCGCUAGACCAGCCACCCGUGUCCCCUGAGGAAAAUAAAGCAGGUACCCCUGUUUCUUCCUUCCUGCAAGUGUCUGCAGCUGGCACCAGGCAGGAGAACAGGCUUCCUGAUAGCUUGCAAAAGGAAAUCUGGAAUGGAAGUAGAAACAGGGGCAGACGGUCUGUUGUCCACACAGAAGAAAAAGUGCUGCAGGCCUGCUUGCAACUGAUCGCUGACAGCAAAAGUGAUAUCCAGCAGAAAGAUGAUUCAAGCAUUGUCCCUUGGCUUCUGAGCUUUAAACGGGGAACAGCUCUGGAAGAACAAGGAAAUAAAAUAGUGAUCAAGGAAACAGGUUAUUUUUUCAUAUAUGGCCAGGUUUUAUAUACGGAUACAACAUUUGCUAUGGGACACCUAAUACAGAGGAAGAAGGCUCACGUGUUUGGUGAUGAUCUCAGCUUGGUGACAUUGUUUCGCUGCAUCCAAAAUAUGCCACAGUCUUAUCCAAAUAAUUCUUGCUAUACUGCUGGCAUUGCAAAAUUAGAAGAAGGAGAUGAACUUCAACUUACAAUACCACGGAGAAGGGCCAAAAUAUCCUUGGAUGGAGAUGGUACUUUUUUUGGUGCAGUAAGACUCCUCUGAAGCCCUUAAUUUCUGUUAUUAUGCUUAAUGGAAAUUUAUUCUUUUCCUAUGCCUUUGUCAUAAAAAAUACUGAGUUGUAAUAAAGCUGCCAAUUCAGUCUCUCCCCAGCCAGCACCAACUUCUGAGAACUUUUCUUCACUUUUAUAAGCAAACCCAAAACAGGAAACACACCAGACAAACUUGUGAUAUAACCACCAUGUGAUUACCAGAAAGCCAAUUUAUUUCAGACAAUGGGCAGCUCUAGAUAACAACUGUAAAGCAGUGAGUUUUUGGCUUUGAAACAAUGUAUUGUCCAUAAGAAAAAAAAAAGGAUGGAGUUGACAUAAAUAACAGCAUGACCAGGACCAUAGACUAUCAAAUUAUUAUCCAUAAUUGAAAAGGAAAACAUGUUAGAUUUUCAUUAUUUCAUCAAUAAAAUAUUUGAAGUAUGAAGGAUGGGAAAGAAACAUCAUACAGUAGAUUCCUUAUCACAAAAUGGAGAUGUUAGGUGGGUUCUGGGUUUUGUUUUUCUUUUUUUCUUUGACACAAAGAUUUUGGGGAAAGAAAAAAAUCUAAAUGUAUGGGAUAAUGUAAACAAAUAUACAGAAUAGUAGCCACUGUCUCGCUUCUUCCCUGUGAACAAGAGAUUUACUAAAAUCUAUUAGUAUUUACUAAUUAGAAUUAAUUUUAGUGGAAAAAGGACAUGUAAGAUGCUUCAACAGCUCAGUCUUCAAAGCAUUGCUACUCAUCAAGGAAUAUGUGUACAAUUCUAUGUAAACAAGGCAGGAACAGAAAGAAAUGCAGUGAAAUUAGACACAUUACAGUAGGUGGAAUUGGAUUUCUGGCUUCAUCAUUUCUGCAGUCAUAUAUAGAUGUGUAUAUAUACAUUAUAUAGAUGUAUUUGUAUAUAUAUGAACGUAUGUACACACACGUAUGUCUUGGACAUUUGAACACAGAUAAAAGAUAAAAUUUAAAUAGAUAGAAGAUAAAAUUUUAUCUUCUUUUGAAUAGUUUAUCCAGUGGAAAUAUUACUUCAUACAUAUUUCCUGUAUUUCUCUUGCGCCUUGCUGUGAUCCCUUCUAUGCAACUUAGUAAAAAAUAAAGUCCAAUAGACCUGGAACCAGCCAUGCAGUUAAGUAAAUACAUUUGUAUCUGAGAAAUCUGGGCUCAAUCCUAGGUUAACUAUAGGCUUUUUCUGCAGUUUUGAAUAUAUUGCUCAAUGCUGUUUCACCAAAAUAAUCAGACCUGUAGAAAAACUGAACAAGACAUCCUUUUUCCUUUUCUUUUGUCUCCUUUGUUCAAUAGAUAGGAUUUAUGUCUUUUUUUUACCCCAAAGAUUGCAUGGUCAAGAUAAUACAGUGGUAAUAGUGUGGUCAAGACUUCUAGUAGCUAUUAUAAUACAAACAUUGAGUACUUGUUCCACUGAUCUUUAAAGAAUAUUAAAGUGCUGUUGGAAUAGAUAAAAUAAUAACACCUCCCCUGUACUGUACUUCACUUGAAAAUUUUUUUAGGAUUUGAGAAUUGUGUUAUGUAAGUUUAUUUAGUAAAGAAAAGAUGCUUUGUAUAUUGCAGUCUCUUUGUCUGUUUUUAUAAAUCAUGAUUUGAUUGAGUUCUCAGGGUGAUAGACAAUAAAUAAAAGAGUUUUGGAGCUAAGAAUUAUAGAGGAUGGUAAACUAAUGCAACAAUUAAUUCAACUUCUCUGGGCUUCAGGAAGACAUUCGUGUAUUGCAUAUGUGUAUUGGAUUACUACACUGUGAUUUUUAUGAGGCUUAACUACAGUUUCAAAAUGUCUGAACUCCUCCUUUUUCAAAUUUAUUUAUUUAUGUGUUGUGGAUCUGAAGCUUCUGCUUAUUAUUGUUGUUGUCAUUGUUACUAUUAUUAUCAAAUUUUGAUGUGCUAAGUUUGCCAAAAAGGCAUUUUAAGUCCUCUACAGAAACCCUCAGUUUACCCAAGGUUGUGUGACUCUGAAUGUGGGUAGAACAACUAUUAGCAUGCAGCGAGUUGACUGUUAUUACUGACAUAUAUUAAUGAUGCCCAGAAUCCAUAAUCAGAAGUUUGUUGAUUUUAGCGUUGUCUGAUUAUAGAAAAAAACCCUGUUGUUAGUGUUGCUUUCACAGAGACUUGGUGGCUAAACUUGCAAAUUUAAAUUUCAGUGCAUAAGCUUCCCCAGUGGUUUCAGUGGGCUUGUGUGUGCUAACCUUAACUUAAUCCCUGGCCGUAUUUCCUCCUUCUGCUGCUGACAAACAUGCACACUGCAGAACUUUGGAAAGGUUUUGGGGUAUCAUUUGGCUUGGAGUAAAACUUUUCUAAAAAAUAUUUCAAAGGUGUUCCCUUCCUUAGCAGGAUGAAACUGAACCUCAAGUUACUCCACAAAAAAUGGGAACCGUGUUUUUGUGAACCAGGAGAACUACCACAUGUGUGCAGAGAGUGCAAGCCAACAGACUGUUCAUAUAUUUCUACUGACAUGUCUGGCAAUUUUGUUGCUGUCAACAAAAUUGUAGCUUUGAGCUGGCUUCAUGAGAAGACUUCUCAAAAUUAAUCUACUUCUGUACAAAGUUGAGUUUUAACGGAUCAGCAUUUUCUGAUCAAAGCAGGAAGAAAAGAUGAAUAUCUCAUUCCUGAUUGUUCUGCUAACAAACUGGUGAUACAGGAGGUAGCAAAGUGCAUCCAGACCACCAUCACACUUCUGUUUCAGUUGCUGGGAGUUAACAAAGUUUUCUGCAUAGGGUAGAUGUUAUUUGAAUAAGUGUGAUGGGUAAUAAGUAGUAUCUAAGUGAGUCAUAUGAUAUUUUGCGUUCUUAUCAAGGAUAUCUAGUAUUUAAGAUAGGUUUCUGCAAAUACAACACACUGAGUGAAUACUCUGGUUCUUCUUCAUGUGGUCUCAAACAUAAGGGACUUUUUUUUUCCAGUACAUUUUUACAGAACAUGUGAGCUUGUAUCAUUCUUUCCUUUAUAAUA